AUGGCUGGAGAAUUAGAUCCCAGGGCGGCCGGGGCGCGACGGUUCGAUGGUCAGGUGGCGGUGAUCACCGGCGGCGGCCAGGGCAUUGGCUCCGCCACCGCCCGACGCUUGGCCCAGGAGGGCGCAUCCAUCGUCAUCGGCGACAUGGUGGCUGAGACAUCGGACCGAGUCUGCGCGGCGAUCCGGGAGUUUGGCGGAGAGUGUGUAAUAUCCCUGGGUGAUUUAUCCCGGUGGGAAAACGCCGAGGCUUUGAUGCGCCGGGCAAUGGAAACUUACGGCAGGAUCGACGUGCUGGCCAAUAUCGCCGGCGGCACCAUCUGGUUCCAGUCCUUCCAGUACUACACACCGGAACAGAUCCAAGCGGAGAUGGACCGCAGCUUUUGGACCGCCAUGUGGUGCUGUCGAGCCACCCUGCCCCACAUGAUUCAGCAGGGCUCCGGCUCAAUCGUCAACAUCGCCACCCACGCCGUUACCGGUAGAUUCCGCGUGCCCUACGCUGCGGCAAAGGCGGGACAGAUCGGCAUGACCACUUCCCUGGCGCGGGAGGUGGCCCACUUGGGAAUCCGGGUCAACUGCAUCGCGCCCAGCGGCACCGCCGCCGACCACGGUGUGGAAGUGGCCGUGCCGGAGCUACCGGAGUCGGAGCGGGUCGACCAGCAGCAGUACCGGGCUUCAACCCGCAGCUCGGAAAUACCCAUGGGCCGGCGCGGGGAAGCUGACGAACAGGCGGCGGCCAUCGCCUUCCUGGCCUCCCACGACGCCUCGUACAUCACCGGCCAGGUGCUGGCGGUUGGCGGGGGGCAACCCUACCCGUUCUAG